GUACAGACGGGCGAUUCAUCAGCUCUCUUUCUCUCUUCAGUUCAGGAUGGCAAAAUAACAGGGUGAAGGCGGAGAUAUCAGCAUUUGCGUAUAUGGGAGCCUGUUAUUACAGCCAAGUUUAGUUUCCACUAGAGUUCAACACUCUAGAAACACGAUUGUAAGUGCGUAUUUGGAAAUGAAAGUGAAGCGAUCGGAGAUGUGGAGAGCCGCUGUCCUGCUGCUGUUAACCGGCUGCGUGUGCGCGAGUGUGCCCGAGGAGCCCGCGGACAGAGCGGCUCCAUCUGACGGCUAUUGCAGCUGGAUAACGCGGGCUCAGCCUCACGGAGCUGGAGGCAGGAGGGAGGGCUUCAGUGAGUUCAGACUGCGAGUGGAAGGAGACCCGGAGCAUUAUAAUCCCGGCAGCAUUUACCGAGUAUCCCUGUAUGCAACCAACCCUGCAUACUUCAGAGGCUUUACUCUUAUCGCUCUGAAGGAAGGGCACAAUGGUGACCAAGAGGAGGAUUAUGCUGGAAAUUUCCAGAAGCCUGUAUCCCUGUAUGCAACCAACCCUGCAUACUUCAGAGGCUUUACUCUUAUCGCUCUGAAGGAAGGGCACAAUGGUGACCAAGAGGAGGAUUAUGCUGGAAAUUUCCAG